AUGGAUGAAUGCCAGCAUGAGCUCGACUUUGAGGAGCUAGAAAAAUUGUGCAUAAAUACACCGGAGGACGAACUGUCAGCGGAAGAGGAGGACACAGGAACAGUGCAAACGGGCGGUGGAGAAGAGGGAGGCGGAGCAGGAAGGUUUAGAGAUAUGGGCCAAUCGGAGAGCAAGAAAGCGUCGAAGAAAGCUGCCGCCACCGACACCGGUCUGCAUACCAAGGGUACGGCCAUGUCGUUUGGUUUCAAGAAGCACAAGGUGCACCAGGCGACCAGCAACAACGGUACGAUCGGCACGACCGGAACCAACAAAUUGGCACCGGGCGGUAACGAUGGUGGUGGUGGCGGCGGUACGGAACCAGUCCCGGGAGCGGUCGCUAAUCAGAUCAAGAAGUUCAACAAUAACAACCUUACCAACAAUAACAACAGCAGUGCGACACUGGAAAGGGAGAAAGCGGAAAGGGAGCUGGUGCACGCGACCGUCAUCACGAACCCGGGCGUCGAUGCGGCAUUUAGCGACAAGAACGGAAAUACCGGUUCAAUUGAAUCGGUAGACGACACGGGUGGAGGUACCGGCCGUAAUGCAUCCACCGGCCGUACCACACCCCGACUGCAACCCGCAAAGAAGGACAGCCAUGGAGCACCGUACCGUAGCAAUCGGUUCGGUUUCCGCACCAACAACAUCGUCCGGCCGGCAUCGGUCGGACUGCAGCCCCGGGUGGCCAACGAUUUUGACAAACAUUCCUCCAAUACCAACAACAACAACAACAACAACAUCCACACUAACAACAAUAACAACGUGUACGUCGUUAACGAUAAACGCCGCUCGAAGAGUGCUUCAUCGGCGGCAUCAGCACGCACAACCUUUACGCCACUGUCCGGCACAACGGCAGCACCGGCUGCUGCAACCGGAACCAGUGGGAAUGCGGCCAUGGCACUGCACCAGCACGCGUACGGUGCGGGCGGCGGUGCAAGUGCGCUGCAUCGUCCAAUGCCGAAAUACCAGGCGCCGAAUACAAAAAUAACUCACAACACGUCGCCAGCCACUAACAACGGGUGCGGCGGUGGUUACGGGACUUAUCAACAGCAGCAGAUGACGAAAUGCAACCAGGAGGAGCAUAAAAAUACUCAGCAUUCCGGUGCGGGCCUGAAGCAACCGGCCCAACCGCAUCAGUAUACGCACGGUAGCAAAGCCGGACAGACCGCGUCCGGCAGUGGUGGUCUAUGCGCAAAACCACCACUGGCCGGUAAUGGCACUGCUGCCACGACAACUACGGCCAAACUAGGUCAGGAAGCGGCAACGACUGCGAGCAAAUUUACGCUGCAUUCGUCCAGCCUUCCGAAACCUCAGUAUCCGGUGUCGAUCUCGCUAACCGGCACCACCUCCGGCCCAUCCGCCAGCUCGCGGUACACGAUGGACACGAAGGGUGCCAAACAUGCAGUGAACGUAAGUCGUAAAGAGUUCGCCAACACGAACGUGACCGGUGCACCGGCCCUCGAGGAUACGACCACAACGACGACCAGCAGCAUCCGUAUGCCGAGGCAACGCUACCGCAAUUUAGAGAUGGUAAUGAGCGGCAGACACAAGUUCGAGGUGCGUGAUCUCGAAGCGCUCACGACAGAACCGAUCGUACCGCUACCGCUUCCGGAACUACCGAGCGCAUUUUGCAGCACAACCAAUCAGCGAACCGCACCGCUCAGUGGGCUGAUCCGAUCGACAGAGCUGAAUGCGAGCACUAAUGCAUCCACCCUGCACGAUGACAUUGAUAUCAACGACAAUCGGUAUGAGAUGGGCGAACCCGGUGCAGAGGAGGAGGCGGAAAGAACACCCACCAGCCCUGAAGGUGGUGACGUUCCGAAGGAAAGUUUGGAAGAGGAAAAGCUAUUGCGCGAUAACAACUCAUCGGAGAAAAGCUUGAAGGGUGCGCUGAUGAAGGAUCUGGUUGAGAGUUACGAGGAAAGCAAGAGUUCAACGCCGAGUUGUUCCAGAGCGUCCUGGUUCACUGCUGGUGAGGCACUCGCAGCGAAAGACUUUGGUAUUCGCAGCUUGAGCACUAGCGUUGAGAGCAGCAGCACUUCGAAGCAGACUGAUUCGAUUCCAAUGAAAGUUCAGGAAGAACCGGACGAGGAAGACAUUAGCUCCGUUACCAUUACGGCGGGAAAUCCUUCGGCAUUUUCUUCCAUCUCAGCGCCAGUUCCGAUGGAUAUUUCCACCAAUCUGGACAGUGUGUCAGAGGUGCAGAUCAGUUUCACCGAUCCCGGAACCGACCCUUUAGCCUCCAGUGAGGCCGACGUACCGAACCGAAUGUACCGCAAUGAGCAGACUAAGUUUGCCGAAAUGGCCGCCGCCAUCAGUGACGUACUGCUGCUGGAUGAUGAAACCUCCCCAACCGAUAGUCUCGUCAGCAGCUGUACGGAAAAUUCGGACGAUGCAAAAAAGCCACGCCAUGCCAAGAAAGCGGUGGAAAAUACGAAGGAAAAGGAAAAGGAUAUCGAUGAAAUUUCACCUGAGCUGGACGAACUUACCAGUCCCGUUUCGCCCGGCACUCCGACGCAUGCUUCCAACUCCCUGUCGCUGUCGGACGGUGGAAGAGAUUUUUUAAUUGACGAUGAAAUAGCCGAUCAGCCGGGCCUGGUGUUCGAUGAGGGUAGUACGCUAGAUCUUGGUUCGCUCAAUUUAAACCUGACAUCACAAAAGACCGACACACCAACGCUGAAGGAUAACCACCACAAUCGAGCGGGUGUUACACCGGGUGGAGCUCCGCAACCGACGGCGAUCAAAGCGACUCCUCCAACGGCAGUAAAACCACGCAAAGUUAUGCCGGAUGCGUACGAAUCGCCAGCCCUGUCGCGAAAGUCAACUCGCAGCGGCAAUCGCAUGGCCAGGGCCGAAUCACUGGACACCUUGUCACCGUGUGACUCGAUCGCAUCGGAUGACUUUAUGCUUGAUUUUGACUGCAACAGUAGCAUGGAUUCGAUUGAUCGAGUUGCUCGAUCCAGUAUGGGAGGCAGUGCUACAGGGUUAAACUCCAUGGAUGAACUGCAGCUGUGGUCCGAACUGGAAAACAAAGGGGGCCACAUCAUACGCGAAUGGAGCACACUGCUGCGCAGCAGCCCUCAAAGCAUCAGCAACAGUAAUAACAGAUCCCAGCUACCGGCAAGGGCACGGCUACUCACCAGACGGUUGCAGAACAAUGCGACACCUACGAAUGGGUCGGAAAGUCCCCGCUCGAUCGACAGCCUGCCCCGGAGGACGUUUUCCGGCUCGUACAAAACGGCCACGCUUAGCCAGUUCCACAAUCUCGCUAACAACAACUGUACGACGGACUCUGCCUCGACGGCUACCAACUCCGCGGAAGAUCUCACCCUGCUCGACAAGUCACUGCGCAACUCCAUGCUACAGGACGUGGUGCACUUCAAGAAGCAGCUGGUACGACUUCGCCGGAUACUGCAAGAGGAUGAAGAAAAUUUGAUGAUGACCGACACUCUCAACCCAUUUGAAAAUAACAAUGGGCAAUUCUUCACGACGGCAGCCGCCGCAAUCGCAACCGCCAACGGUAGUAUCGGGUCUGCAGCGACAACAACCACAACGGCGUCGACAGUGGGAGGCCCUGGCCAGCAGGAACAACAGCAACAAGAAAACGUACUCAUCCGUGAGUCCAGCGUAGCGGCCCUUGCCCUACUGGAGGACCAGCGGCAGGAACUGGCGGAUCUCAGAAGACAGGUGGUUUACCUUCAGGGUGAACUAACGGCCAAAGAUCGCACGAUUCGGCAACAACAGAAUCUGAUCGAAAAGUAUGAAGCGGAGCGAGAGAAACAACUGCACAGCCUCUCGAACGGUGGCUCAUCGGUGGACGGUGGAGAUGGGCCGGGAAUAGUGGCCACCCCAGGUGACAACACGUCCGCCAGUGACAGAAACCAAUCGGCGGACACCAUCAGCACCGCAACGCAGACUGAACGCUUGAGGCCGGUGUCGUUCGGUGGACAGGAAGGAUUAGGCAGUCGCAGUGAGCGAUCGGUGAUGAAUGGACCUAAAAAUGGACUGCGCACACCAACAGCAGUUACAGGACUCCCGAGUAACGCCACAGCCAGUACAACCCCGUCACAACACCAUGCCACCAUGGGCAAUGGUCCAACAACGCCCAAAAGCAAAACCCAAAUAUCCUCCGUCUACACACAGCUAUCUUCCGUAAGGCAUAGUAUCGCCGGCACCAGUGCUCCAACAACACCGACGACCGCAACCCAAAAUGGUCCCGUCGCACUACGGCGUACAUCGCUCGGAUCAAGCCACAAUCUAAGCUCGUUCGGUGUACACACAGCGAGCGAUCGAUCUCCCGGUGGCAACAGUAGUGCUAGCAAUAAACCCGUCCGAACGACACACAUUGGAACGUUACCUUCCCCAACGGCCCGUCCACUCCCACCAAACGGUGAACGCAUAGUGCCACCGAAUGGGACAAAGCACAGCAAAACGAUCCCGAACCGAACAACAGCAAAUGGUCACGGUGGAGUCACUAAACUAAACGGUCUAAACGGGACGACAAAAAGGACGGGCAUUAUUAGGCCACCGUCAUCGUUCGGCAGUAGUAACAGUCUCGUGCCGGUGGAACAACAGCUAAAGAGUAAAUCAGCACCCGCCACACCGCUGGUGGUGACGAAUGGGAAGCUACUAACACCUGCCGCCACCGGUGCUGCGGAUGCCACAGCCACGACGAAUGGGCAUCGGGAAGAGUGUUCCAACGGGCGGGAAACAUCCGAAUCCGAAUCGGAUAAGGAUACGGUAGUGAAUGGAACGCUGGUGGGCAAUUUAAAGCUAAUAGCAACAUCAUCCGGUGGAGUAACGGUACCAGGGGGAUGUAACGAUGAAAGCAGCCUAGGCAAUGUCACCAGCACUGCAGCGAAUGGCAUCGUAGGACAUUAG